AUGUGUUCCUCCGCCGAGCGUCGACUCGUAUGCUUUAAUGUUUCGAGUGAAUGUGAUGUAAAUUUUGUACACUGCCGCAUUGUUUGUUCGCUCGAAUCACGUUUAGUUUGUAGGCGUCGCGACGCGGCGACGGACCGACACGCACAGGCCCCGGCGGGGGCCGGGGCCCGGGGGCCUGAGGCCGGGGGCCCGGGGUCGGGGGCCGGGGGCCAGGGCAGUCGGCAGUGCGGGACGCAGAUCACGCUUCACUCAUUACCAAAGUCUACUAACCUCACUAUGUAUACAAGCUGCUCUCGACUAACUCGCGCGCACACCGACGCGGCGGAGGCCACCGGCCGCCUCCCGUCUGUGGAAAGC